AUGAAUAUUGCAACAGAACCAAAACUAACUUUCAAUUUCAUCAAUUUUUGGAAUAAGAAGAACGAGAUAUCGCAAGCAGAUAAAGUACUCCUGUAUAAGAGUAUACGGUGCUUGGAAAAUGAACUUAUCAAACUUGUUGAAACGAAGGAAAAGGAUGAGACAAAGCUUUACAAAGUUUAUCUCAAGAUUGGUCAUAUCAGCUUGUUAGCGAAAGAUUUCCCCAAAGCCUUAUCUGCCUAUCAAAAAGCAUAUAAUAUGGAUAAAAAUGGAUUCUGGAAAAAACCAGCGUCUUACUUUGGUCUUGGAAUGGUUUAUUUCCACUUCAAAGCAUUUGCAGUUGCUGGAGAGGCGUUUCACCGUGUUAUUUAUUCACAUCCAAAUCACGAGUUAACGGUUGAAAUAUAUUCUAGAUUGGGAUUCAUUUACAAAAAUUUGGAAUUUUUCGAACUUGCAAUCAAGCACUUUUCGGUGGCACUGAACGAUAGUCGUGAAAGCACAUUCCUGACGAAGGUUGAAUUGCGUUUUAACAUAGCUCAUUGUUACGACAUCGCAGGUGACCUUGAUCGUGCGGCAAUCGAAUAUCGAGCAAUCUUAACUGACCAAACGCUUCACUUGUCAAAUAGUCUGCAAGCGCACAUCUUGCGCCAACUUGGUUGGUUGUGUUAUCGUGAAGAAGGACCUCCAUCGCAGCGACCACAAAAAAUUUUUGAAGCGGAAAAGUAUCUGCUUCAGAGUAAAGAGCUUGAACCUACCUGUGGUAAAACAUACUAUCACUUGGGACGUUGUUACGGAGAAUUACAGGAUAGAGCUCACGACGCAUUUGUUCAUUAUAGGCAUUCUAUUGAUAAAUCGGAAGCGGAUGCAGAUACGUGGUGUAGUAUUGGUGUUUUAUAUCAGCAGCAAAGUCAACCGAUGGAUGCACUGCAGGCAUUUAUCUGCGCUGUUCAAUCAGAUCGCGAGCACAGUGCAGCUUGGACUGAUUUAGGGCGAUUAUAUGAAGUCAAUUGUCAAUUUGCAGACGCACUUCACUGCUUUAAGAAAGCUUUAAAAUGCGAACCAGCUGCGCCAGAAGCACUGAAAGCAAGAAUACGUGUUCUUGAGAAGGAAUUACAUCCAUCUUCUUUACUAAUUGGAAAUUUACGAUCUUUACAACCGAACGAACUACCAAGUCUUAACGAAGCUUGGAGAUUAUCUAUUCCUGCUGAACUGAGUCAAAGACAAGAGGAAUUUUUGAAACUUAAGCAGCAGCGUUAUCGUGACGGCAGUUCAUUGUUAAACACAACAUUGACAUUUCCGCAGAAUCCAGUCGAACCAUUGGAGCUGGAAAUGGAAUUAAUGAAUGCUCUGUAUGAGAACAGAGCUGAUAUUACUGAACGUGAGUACAUCUUACUAGAAAAGCUCGAGAGUAAAUACGGAAAAAUGAAAAAAACCUUAGUAUCACGAUUACCAUAUUCUUUUUCUCUCACAUCUGAUGUUCGGGUUCCUCUUACAAUUACUUCAUCUGAACUUAUGAAUCGAUGCAAUAAACGGGUUGAUAAACCAUCAGAAUUUGUUGAAAUAUUUGAUGAGCGAGUGAAGCCUCCAACAUUGCCACAAGCACCAAAAGUGGCAACAUCAUCUGAAAAAUCAUUAAAACCAACACCUGUGAUAAUUGUGGAAACACGAAAAGAAGCUCAUAGCAUUGAGCUUCAGAAUUAUUGUUAUAACGCUACAGUUGCAUUAAUUCGUGGAUUAACACAAACAUUGAAAAUGGAUCUAUCAUUAUUCUCUACCAAGUCAUUACUAGAAAUUGCACCGAAUCAUGAGGUUGAAAUACGGUCGCAGUAUAGAAUGCUUCCUGAUCAAAAUCUCGAUCAUCUUGGGCAGCCAACAUGGGUAUGCCAUAGUACACGUUCUUAUACAACUAUUGCAAAUUACGCUCAGUACCAAGCUCAGUCAUUUCAGUAUAGUUUAAAGGAAGAAGCUGAGAAACUUCGUGCAGCAAGUGCAAAAUAUGGUGGUCCUGUAGAUGUAAAUAAUGGUCCAUCAAAACGCCGACGAGCCACAUUACCUGAAGAAUCUCAAAUGCCAAUGAAAUUGAUCAAAUUUGGAACAAAUGUUGAUCUUUCAGACGAAAUAAAGUUUAAAUUGCAAUUAACAGAAUUAAAUAAGAUGCCGGCGUUUGCUAGGCUGGUCGCUGCAUGCAAUAUGUUGACUCAUUUAGAGCAUACAGUUUAUGGUAUGAAUACCGUUCAAAUGUAUAUGAAGGUACCGGGUGCGCGUACUCCUGGGCAUGUUGAAAACAAUUGUUUGGCUUCAGUGAAUAUUAAUAUUGGUCCUGGUGAUUGUGAAUGGUUUUGUGUUCCAUACAAGUAUUGGGCUGUAGUCAAUGACAUCGUUGAGAAGCAUAAACUGAAUUUUUUGAAAGGUUCAUGGUGGCCAGAUGUCGACGAAUUACUCGAAGCAAAUGUACCAUUAUAUCGUUUCACUCAGAAAGCGGGUGACGUAGUUUGGGUAGGCAGUGGAUCUAUUCAUUGGGUGCAUAGCACUGGAUGGUGUAAUAAUGUAGCAUGGAAUGUCGGACCUCCAAUACCUCUCCAAUAUGAGAUGGCUGUUCAUUGUCACGAAUGGAAUAAAUUGAAUGGUUAUAAGUCAUUGGUACCAAUGCAGCAUUUAAGCUGGCAGCUAGCUCGGAAUAUACGUUUUUCAAAUCAGCGGAUGUUUGCAUUAAUUAAGCAAAUGCUUAUACGAUCACUGGCUUACAGUAAAAUGGUAUGUGAUAUGUUAUGUGCCGAUGAAAAACCCAUUCGAAUGCAUCCAAGACAUAAAGGCGAAGUGUCUCAUUAUUGUUUCACUUGUGAGAUCGAAGUAUGGAACAUAUUGUUUGUUCGUGAAGUGAAUGGCAAGUUUCCCGUUUAUUGUGUUCAAUGUGCCCAAAAAGCAGAUCUUGCUAACUUCACUGUUCUUCAACAAUAUACAUUUGAUGAUCUUUGUAAUGUUUUUGAUCAGUUUCGCCUUUAUCCGGUCAGUCAAAUUUUAAUUUAUUUAUAAAC